CUCAAAUAUUGGAAAAGUGUUAAUAAUGGAUAUUUUUUUAUUUUUUCCCGACUAUUAUUUUGUGUGGGAUUCUUUCCAGAGGUGAAUGUGUGGUGUAACUGUCUUCACAGGAGAUCCAUUAUAGAGACCAGUCGUGCAUUAAAAGAGCUCUUUCACGAAGCUCGGGAGAGAGCAUCCAAGGCUCUGGGUUUUGCCAAAAUGCUGAGAAAGGACCUAGAAAUAGCAGCUGAAUUUACUUUGUCGGCUCCAGUUCCAGAUUUUUUAGAAGCUCUUAAAACAAAAAAAUAUGUCAAGGUUCUCAUUCCCAGUCUGGAGGACCUGCAUAUCUUUGUUGCUUGUGACCUUUCAGAGCGCAAGUCUCAGAUACUCCAACUGCUGAGCGCAACUGCUGGCAAGGAAUGUUCGAAUGAAUGCGAUGAAUCAGUGGACAUAGCCUACCUACUCCUCACCAAAGCGCAGGAGGAUUCCUGGAAAUCAUGGCAGGGCCACUCCAUCAAAGUGCUGCCUCAGGUGGAAACAGUAGAUACAUUGAGAAGCAUGCAGAUCCUUAAUUUAUUACUGGUGGUGAUGCAGUCUUCACAUCUUGUAAAUCAGCGCAAGACCUUUCAUCAAUCCAUAGAAAAAAUAAUCUCCCUGCACCGUGAGCAGACAUCCAGCCAACCAGUCAUAGCCAAAGCGUUGGAGCAGCUCAAGCAUGCAGCCUUGUUGCUGUGCAAUAAGAUUAGGAAUGCCAUUGACCGCAUUGACAAGAUGUUCAAUUCAGAGUUUGAGGCUGAAAUGGAUGAAUCUGAAUGUGCGACUUUGCAGCAGUAUUACAGGGAAACUAUGAUUCAAAGCUAUAACUUUGGCUUUGAGUAUCACAAGGAGGUUGUCCGGCUGAUGUCUGGUGAAUUCAGACAGAAGAUAGGGGACAAGUUAUCAGCUUUGCUCGGAAAUGGAUGACCUUCGUGCUCACCAAAUGUGAAAGUGGGAGGGGAACAAGACCCAGGUGGGCAACCCAGGGGUUUGACUUCCUUCAGGCAAUCGAACCGGGGUUUAUUUCAGCUCUCCCAGAAGACGACU